UUUUGCCUUCUGCUUCUCUGUCUAAUUCUAAUUGCUUGCUUUGCUUUUGCUUCUCAAGUCAACCCGAAACCCGAAAUUUAAGCCGACCAGUCUUCUAUAAUAAGAUAAUUAAAUUUCAUAAUGGCAUCUCUUGUAAAAGGAGCAGUGGCGUCAUUCAAGCCCAACUUCGCCACAUUCCUCAAGUUCGCCAAGGUAGAGUUGACCCCACCCAGCCCUGGUGACAUCCCUGCCAUCAGCCGAGGAAUUGGUGAACUCAUGAGUGCGGCUAAGAGUGGCAAGUGGAAGCACCUCACUGUCAAGGAAGCCUGGUUGAACGUUCUGGUCUUUACUGAAGUCACCUGCUGGUUUUGGGUUGGAGAGUGCAUUGGCAAGAGGAACAUCAUUGGAUACAAAGUUGAAGUUUGAGCACCACCAUCCAGAAAUUCGGUCUAAUAUUUAGUGUCUGUUCUGUAAAACCGCCUCAUAUUGAGAUGAUAUUUGUUAUUGACUACCAUUAAAAUAAAGUCUUCUGUUAGUCUUUUA